GAGGCCUGGAUGACAGAUGCUAAACCAGCGGCAGCUGCGACAAACGGGCCUCAUCACCGCUGUCCUGCCCGCAGCUGCCGCCCUGGAGCCGCCCCGUCCGAGCCCACGGGGGCAGCCCUCGGCCACUUCCCAGGGCCCGCGGACAACGCCAGAGAUGGCCCCUUUUGGUUGCUGGGGCCUGCCCGCCACCCUCCUCGCCCUGCUCUGCUGCCCAGGGGCUGGUGAGGCGUUUGAGAUAUACAUAAGGCCGGAGACGCUGUUGGUUGAGCCCGAAGAGUACCGGGAAAUCAACUGCAGCACCAACUGUGACCAGCCUGAAAGGGGUGGUCUGGAGACCUCCCUAAAUAAGACUCUACUGGCCCAAGGACCUCAGUGGAAGUCCUACUUGGUCUCAAACAUCUCCCAGAACAUGGUCCUGCACUGCUACUUCAGCUGCUCCGGGAACCUGCAGCAUGAAGUUCUCAACAUCACCGUGUACAAGCCUCCAAAGCAGGUCACGCUGAAGCUGCAGCCCAGCUGGGUGGCCGUGGGCAAGCCCUUCACCAUGGAGUGCACGGUGCCUGCCGUGGAGCCGCUUGAGAGCCUCACCCUCUCCCUGCUCCGUGGCAAUGAGACCUUGCACACCCAGACCUUUGGGAGGGAAAAUCCUGCUCCCCAGGAGGCCAUAGCCACAUUCAACAGCACAGCCCACAGGGAGGACAAACACUACAACUUCUCCUGCCUGGCUAAGCUGGACCUGGAGUCUCGCGGUGGCAGCGUCUUUAGCAGCAUCUCAGAUCCCCAGAUGCUCAAGGUCUACGAGCCCAUGCAGGACAGCCAGAUGCCCGUCAUCAUUGCAGCUGUGUCGGUACUGCUGUUCCUGUUUGUGGCGUCCAUCCUGCUCUGCUUUGCCUUCAGCCAGCGCUGGCGGCAGAGGCGGACUGGCACCUACGGGGUUCACGCUUCCUGGGUGAGGCUGCAACGGGCCUUCCGGGCACAGCCUGCAUGAGUGGCGUGGCCACCGCCAUGGUGGUCACUGGAACUCAGAGUGGCACCUCGGGCUUGUGGUCCAGCCCCGCCUGAAGGACUAUGACAAGCAGCAGAGGACUCUGGGGACGCUUCCUUUUCUAGCCUGAACACAACAAACACCUGGACUUAA